AUGUCUGUUCCCGGCCAUCGUCAAGAAGGAAUAUUUUCAGCGUAUGGAUCAACACGAUCGUCGAACAAUCCAUACCGAGAUCUAGAACCCAAUGAUCAGGACCUUCCUCAACCUGACAUUCUAAAUCAUGUUCCUGAGAAUGCCCCAACCUUUUUAUCUUUCCCAGCCAAGGAUAUCGCCCCAGAGACUCAUCUCAGACGAACCUUUACUCGAAGUAAGCCUGUCGAUCAGAGCGACUUCAAAGCUGCAUUUGAGGAUGGUCAGGUACCACCUGCUACUACAGAAGAACGGCAAGAACCAGAACAACCUACCAAACCACGGAGAGCAAAACGCAAUCGUUACAGACGUCCUUCACUAGCAGAGUCCCUGAGCACCACUGCACUUAUGUCUGAGCAGUCAUAUAUACGCACCUACGAUGCCACAGAUGAUGUGGACUAUUCGGAUACAGCCAAACUAACUGCCAAUGCCUCAGGGUCCGGCAGAGAUCCUUCUCCUCCUUCUAUCCGACCCUACGAUUCGACUCCUGUCGCUCCCACUCAAGAUAUGCAGCGACAACAGUCUCAGCACAACUCUUUGGUCAGCAAGCGCCAGUCUCUUAUCAAAGUGGGUACGGUAAUUCGCCGUAUGUCAAGGCGUGUGGUUAAUGUUCAAAACCGAGGCCCACUACCAAAACCAUUAAAUAUACCAAAAUCUACUUACGACACUAUGAGACAAGCCGCUAGACUUGAAGAAGAAAUACCAGUUGUGGAAGAAGCCAUUCCUCUCACACCAGCUACACCUUAUAGGCAACCUGUAGACAUAGAGUCGAGUCAACGACAAGCCGGGGAGCUUGAUCGUGAUAGUUUUGCGCAAACUUUGCAAAUGCAAAAUGGAUCACACAUAUAUUUGGUAGACCAGAGCUGUGGGAUAUUUUCUCCCACAAAUCGGUUAAGAGUAGCAUUGGCCAAUGUACUGUGUUGGAAAUGGACAGAAACCUUGAUUAUGAUGCUGAUUGCACUUCAUGGAUCGGUACUACUUGCAGUUGGGUGGGGAACUGAUCCUAAUCCUAAGCCGCCUUCACAAUGGGGAGUGCAGUGGAAUCAAUUCGUUCUACUUGGUAUAUUCUGCUGUUACACAGUGGCUAUUAUCGUGCGCGUAAUUGUCUAUGGUCUUAUCAGUAAUCCUAUCAAGAAAGAGGGUGAUAUAGUUCCACCACUAGCGUUUCUUCGGCACAGCUGGAAUCGCAUUGAUUUUCUAUCUGUAAUUGCCUAUUGGAUUGAUCUUAUUCUCCUGUUGACAGGCCAAGAGAUAAUUGGAGAAACGAGACGUAUUAUGGUUUUCAAAAUGCUUUCUACGCUUAUCCUUUUACGCCUUCUCAAUAUCACAAACGGAAACAAGGUUAUCCUCCAAAGUUUGAAAAAGGCAGCGCCACUAUUAAGAAAUGUCUUAUUUUUCGUCUUAUUUUUCUUCAUUAUCUUUGCUAUUGUUGGUGUCCAGUCUUUCAAAGGAUCUUACCUUCGUCGUUGUGUGUGGACAAAACACAAAGUUAUAAAACAACAACAACAACAACAAAUUGACGGUCUUAUAAUAGAUCCCGAGGAUUCCGAGGAUGUUCAAAUACUUCAGCAGUAUUGUGGAGGAUACUAUGUUGAAGAAGAAGAAAAGCCAUUCUUACUAAAAAAUGGAAAUGAAGGACCAUGGUCAAAGGGGUUCAUAUGUCCAAACGGCUUAGUUUGUAAGGAAACAGAAAAUCCUUUUGGAAACACCAUUAGCUUUGAUAAUAUAUUUGCUUCCAUGCUUAUUGUCAUGAUCAUCGCAGGCGACCAAUCAUGGACAGACCGAAUGUACGAUAUGAUGGAUGCCGAAUACUACUUUGCGUGUCUCUACUUCAUUGUCCUUGUUAUCGUAAUGAAUUUCUGGCUUAUUAACCUUUUCGUUGCUGUUAUCAAUGAGAUGUUCGCCAAGGUGCGCGAAGAUUCUCAGCACUCGGCGUUCACCACUUCAAAGGCAACGCCUGUGUUAGCAGAUGCAGAUGAAGGGUGGUCAUUUGGAGAAAAUAUGAAUGGUUUAGCAAAGGUCAAGAAGUCAGCGCUUAGUGGCAUUGUUACCGUCACACGACCUUUUUGGAUUAUACUCGUUGUUGUUGAUUUGGUUGUAAUGGGAGCCAAAAACAACAGCAUGACAUCCGAGCAGCUGGCUGCACUAGAUUAUGCUGAAUUGGGUUUCACACUCGCCUUUUUGGUAGAGAUUUUACUGCGUCUGGCGAGUCAAAGACGUCAACUGAAAAAAUUCUUUCAUGAAAAAAUGAACAGAGUGGAUUUUUUUGUAGCCAUAAUUACUUGUAUUAUCUGGAUCCCACCUAUUCAUAACAACAGGGUUGCCUAUGCAUGGUUAACAGGCUUUCAGGUGUUACGAAUUUAUCGUGUUGUUGUUGCUGUUCCGCGUUUGAGGGUGUUGAUGUCUCGUGUACUUGGUAGUGUAUAUGGUCUUAUUAACUUAGUAUUCUUUAUCGUCCUGGCUACAUUUCUGUGUGCUAUUGUGGCAUUUCAGCUAUUUGAAGGCGAUCUUAACGAUACUGGAGAAGAAAUGCGAUUUUUCUCCAUCUAUAAUUCGUUCGUUGCACUUUAUCAGUUAUUUUCUGGCGAAGAUUGGACAACGGUUCUUUACACAGCCAUGGAAGCUGGAUCAAAAUCAAAAAAUAGUGCAAUCUAUGCCCUUUUCCUUGUAUUCUGGUUUGCAUUCUCAAAUUUUGUACUUGUAAAUAUGUUCAUUGCCGUUCUUAUGGAGAAUUUUGAGACUGCAGAAGAAGAAAAGAAGAAGCGACAGAUCCAAUAUUAUGUCGAAAAGACUGAGAAUGCAUUUGUCACUGACGAUCCAAUUGUCAGUCGUUGGAAUAUUUACCGCUACAUGAAGGCCAAACCCAAAGAAUUAGAGAUCAAGAAUAUGCCUACAACCUUACUUUUACCUGUUCAGAAGAAUGCAGUGCGCGAAUUCAUGAAUGAGGCAGCAGAGACUUCAUUUGCGAAAGAUAAAAAGAUCAACAAAAGGGUAACUCAGAUGGAUCGAUCGGUGGAAAAGGAUUUUUUGUCAAAGACAAAAAAUUUUCUUGGCGACCUUCUGGUAUCCAAGAAAAAUGCAGCACCCCACCUUUUGGUCAAUAACCCACGCAAGAGCUUAAACAUCGAUGCUUUUAAUUUUGAGCAGUUUUCUACAUUUUACGAUCACAACAAGCAAGGAAACUCGAACGAUCCUCAAUCUAUGCGCUAUUUAUUCGAUAGUACAUCCAAGGAGACAGCUGCGUCUAGAGUUGCUGAAGCUGUUAGUCACAACCUAGAAGAAAGAAAAGCGAACCAACAAGAAUUCAUUACGGCACAUCCAACCUACGACAAAGCAUUGUAUAUUUUCUCUCAAAGCAAUUUUAUUAGACGAGCAUGUCAAGCGCUUGUUCCUCCAAGUCGUGGUGAACGUACAUUUGGAAGAACACCUUCAUACUGGCACAGCCUUUUGUUCUCAUUUUUCAUCGUAUCAUGUGUAAUUACCAAUGUUGUAUUAACAAUCUACAACUCGCCAGUUUACGCUGCGGAAAACCGGAAUGAGGAACCCAAGAUUCUUAUCCUCAAGUAUGUCGAUUGGGCAUUUACAAUAAUUUUCUCUGCCGAGUUUGUUAUUAAGGUCGUUGCCGAUGGAUUCUUUAUGACACCAAAUGCAUACUUGUUGAAUGGAUGGAACGUUCUCGAUCUGUUUGUCCUGAUUACACUCUACAUGUCCAACUUUGGAAACUUUGCUGCCUCUACUGGUUUGGAGCGUGUGUUUCGAGCAUUUAAAGCUCUUCGUGCUCUACGAUUGAUUAAUCUACUCGAACCUGCCAAAGAAACUUUUACUUCAAUCUUGGUUACCGGUCUUCCGCACAUUUUAGAUGCAGCCUUUCUUGGUCUUUCCCUUAUUGUACCUUUUGCGCUUUAUGGUCAGAAUAUUUUCCAGGGUCUCAUGUUCAUUUGCAAUGACGAUGGUGACACUAUUACUGAUAAGAACAGUUGUAUGUACGAAGCAAUGCUUGGGACAGCAGAACCUAUGGCAGCAGAAACACAGAUAUACCAGCCACGAGUCUGGGAUAAUCCUUACGUCUAUAGCUUUGACUCUUUCUGGAAAUCACUUUUGAUUCUUUUUGAAAUCUCUAGCGGUGAAGGUUGGAUUGAUGUGCUCUCUUCUAGUAUGGCGGUGACAAGUAAAGACCAGAAUCCACAGCAAGACAACAGUCAAUUGUGGGGUAUAUUCUUUAUGGUGUACAACUUGGCAGGAUCAGUUUUUGUCAUAUCGCUAUUCCUUGGCGUUGUUUUGGAAAACUUUGCAAAGAGAAACGGCACACUUUACUUAACUGCGGACCAACGACGAUGGUUGGAUCUGAAGAAACUGCUGAGUCAAAUGAGGCCAGCUAAACGACCAAAGACUGUACCAUCAGGUCGAAUUCGUAGAAGAUGCUUUGAAUUGGUAGUAGAGAAGCGUGGCCGCUUCUAUAAGUUUAUGACAAUUGUUAUCUGUAUGAAUAUUCUUUUUUUGUGCACCGAUUCCGACCAUGAUGAGAACGUUCCUGGAUUAACUAUAGCAAAAGGAUAUGUCUAUCUGACAUUUAUUUUUACUUAUUGGCUUGAAAUUGCUAUUAAACUAUUGGGGCUUGGGUGGAGCUCUUAUAGACGCAAUCUCUGGAACGUCUAUGAUCUGCUGGUAGUUAUUGGUAGUGCAAUUGCAGUUAUUGCUACCUUGGGCUCAAGCAGUCAUCAGAUCAAUGUGGAAUCACAAAAGUUGUUUAUGACCGCGCUUUGUUUCAAACUUGUGCAAAGAAGUGACAGUUUGAACCAGCUGUUUACUACCAUGGCUGCAUCUGCUUAUCAAAUUCUUAACGUUUUUGCGGUGUGGUUUGUUGUCAUGACAACCUAUGCAAUUAUGUUCAUGGAAAUCUUUGGAUUAACCAAGUACGGAAAUCAGGCCAGCACAGAACACAUUAACUUUAGAUCCUAUGCUAACACAAUGACAUCCCUUGUGCGAUACUCGACUGGAGAAGGAUGGAAUGCAGUGAUGCACAACUUUGCUGUUGAAAGUCCUAAUUGUGUGGAGGCGGUCAAUUACUUGGACUCGGAUUGCGGGUCAACCGGCUGGGCUUUGGCAUUAUUUCUUACAUUCAAUGUCAUUUCAAUGUAUAUCUUCCAGGCUAUCUUUGUAGCUGUAGUAUCCGACAACUUCUCCUACGUAUAUCAGAUCGCAGCAAAUUUCUCUCUGAAAAUAUGGGCUGAAUUUGAUGUAGAACGCACUGGAUAUAUUACAUCGAAAGAUUAUAUGUCGUUUUGGAGAAAAUUGGAUGGCAUGUUCAAUGUUAGAAUAUAUGACAGAGAGCUUUCAUACAAGACUUUGGUCAAACAGUGCUCCAUAGACGGUCCUGUCGUAAAUGCUAGAGACGAUCCCUAUAGAUUAAAUGUCGAUAUUGACGCUUUAAACAGAAAACUUGAUAUCAUUGACAAGCCAGUGGUUCACGGGCGAAAACAUGACUUGGAUAUGCUCUACUGGGAAGCGGCAAUGGUAGAAUCUCCAAAGGGCGUUUCUUUUAACCAAAUGCUCCUCAUGCUUGCUCAUAGAAAACUUAUCGUUCCAGAACACGCUCUUUUGCUCGAUGAACUUUUGGCAAACCGAAGGAAAGAAGAAGGAAUCCAGACUCUAAUCAAUAUUGACCGCGUCAAAGGAUUAAUUGAAACCAUUGUACUGAGAAAGAAAUUCUUGGCCCAUCUUCAAGCUAAAAAGGAUGCCAGUCGUCAAAAACACGAUCUGCCUUCAAUUGUGGUUGAUUAUGAUGAUGUUAGUUUAUUGAGGGUAAAGACGAUACCUGAAGGAUCUCCUGUGUCUUCCUCUCCUGGAACACCAGCAUCUGUGACGGGUGAUACGAAUCCAUUUGAUACACAUAUUGAAGAGCAUUCACCACGUUCCUCGCACUCUCCAAGCUCAAUAUCAGAACAAAACCAGGGAGAUACAGAAGGAGAUACUACUCCAUCGAGUUCAAGGAAUACAAUUGAUCAUUCACCAGAACAAGAUAUCUGGCUUGAAAUGCUCCAAGAAGAAAUGCGCAAAUAG